UACCAUUACAGAUAAAUGAGUGCAGUAACUAAUUAUAAUAUUUCUUUCUGCGGUUGUAUUAAUGAUAUUACAGAAAUCAGAAAUAUUGAAGGAAAUAAAAUAUGCCAUGUCUGACACUUUUAUAACCAUACUCAAGUAUGAGAAGAUGGCUUUCAAAUCCACGAAAACUAAUCUCUUGAUGGGAACGUGCUAUAAGGAUUGGGUUAAUGGUGGUUUUAAGAGCAAAAAAGAUUAUAUGUUUUCCUUCGGAAAGGGCAUAGUACAUGAGAUUAAUUAUUAAUUAUUUAAAUCCAUAAAUUUAGGAAGGUAGAUGGCUGAAAGAAAUUUGUAUGUUCCACGUGUCAAUCAGAUUGAUGCUAUAUAUCUGAACAAGGAUAUUACAAGGCUAAUACGGGAUAAUCUACUUGAAAAUCUACAAAAUAUAUCACCGAUUUUAUUUGCAAAAAUACAACCUGAAUUGGAUUUACUUGUACAGUCGGCAAUUUGGUUCGGCUCUGUUGGAAAACAGUGCUCCACAUUUGGUCAACAGUUACUUGUCGUAUCAUAUAAGUCUGAACAAUUGACUAUAUCUCGACUAUGUCUACAUUUUAUAUUAACUAUUUUACCAGGAUAUUUUAAAAAUGUAAAUGAACGUCGUAUAAUUAUUCGUGCUGAGUAUGUGCACCAAAUUAUCGAAUGGGGUCAAAAUGUGGCAUUGUUAUUUUCUGUUUUAAAUUUCUUUCGUUUCUUAAAAACUGGUCGGCGGCCUACUGUGGUAGAUUUUUUACUUGGUUUGGAUUAUAUUAGUUUACGGCACAAUCAGCGUCGUGAUAUAGGAUACAAAUAUCUUACUCGUGAAUUAUUGUGGGGCGGUUUUAUGGAGCUAUUGGGACAUCUACUGCCAAUAAUUAAUUUCAGAAAAAUACAACGCGUUUUUAAUUUCUCUUUAAAUAUUAUCAACUUAACCAACUUUAAAGCAAAGCCGUUACCGCUAAUCGACGAAAGAGAAGUUAAAUUGAAAACUAAUACAACUUGUACCUAUUGCAGUGAAAGACCAAGUAUUCCCCAUACGAUGGGUUGCUGUCACAUAUACUGCUAUUAUUGUUUGUCGGCCAAUAUUGAAACGGACGAAAAUUUUUGUUGCAUAGAAUGUGGAACCAGUCCGUUAAAUGGAAUUCACAAACUAUAGCUGUGUUAUUUAAGUACGAUGUAGUGAUUAAAAUGUAUAGAAAUGAGAAUUGAAAGUAUUUAUAAUUUUGUAUUGUCAAUUUGUUAAUUAAAACAUCAAAAUAACGUACGAAUAAAUAUGUUUAUUAGUAAUAUUUUGGAAUGUUCUACAUAUUCUCUCA